AUGGCCAACGAAACUGAUGAGCUUCAGAUCUCCGACACUCAACGACUUCGCAUCGUUGCUGACUUCAUCUUGCAUGCCCCUCCUGGAGAAUUCCGCGAAGUCUUCAAUGAUGUUCGUCACUUGCUCAACAACGACAAUUUACUUAAAGACAAGGCGUUUAGCAUAUUUGGACAGUAUCGCAAAGAUCAGCUCACACCGGUGCAAGUUGAUGGUUCAGAGGAGCUCAGUCUCAUCACUGAGUUCAACGAACUAAGUCCAAAUCGAUUUUACGAUCCUAAAUCACGAAAAUCUUUCAAGUACGAUUAUCUGAGUGAGGAGUGUUCUGAAUAUCAACCUUGGGAGCCUGAUCAAGUCAGCGAACCGUGGCGGGCUGCUCUAGAAGAAGUGUGGUCCAAUUACUGUGCCGACCACUACUUCAAUGGCAUUAGUGCCGUCUUUUCAGCCACCAGUGGUGGACAGAUUAUCUUGAGCGCAUGCAGUGAGGGCCACCAGUUUCAACCUCAAAACUUCUGGAACGGACUAUGGCGCUCAGUGUGGUCCAUUAAGUUCACGCCGAAUCAAGGCAAAGCUGAACUUCAGGGUAAAAUCAAAGCUCAAGUUCACUACUACGAAAAUGGAAACGUCCAACUUGUUAGCUACAAAGACGUGAACCAGUCCAUCACAGUCACGAAUGAGAAACAGUUGGCUGAAAACAUCAAACAAAUUGUCGAAGAGACGGAGAACGACUACCAAGUCGCCAUUUCAAAGAACUACCAAAACAUGUCGGACACUACCUUCAAAGCUCUCCGACGAGCACUGCCUGUCACUCGAUCUAAAAUAGAUUGGAACAAAAUUAUGAGUUACCGCAUCGGUAAUGAACUGAAACAAAAUUAA